AUGUGCUUGGAAGAUUCCCCAGCCUUGUCGACGGCAUCUACAGCUGACGGCGAAGAGGAAGAUAUCGAGUCUUCUCCAGCCCUCCCGCCGCUGCCCGCGCCCAAGUUGCCUAGCCGGGUUGCGCAACUUUUGAGAACUCCGCCUCCUGAGUUUGGGGAAGAGAAUAAUAGUUUUGGCACUGCUAGCUGGGGUUCCCCUUAUCCUCGAACCGACCAUAAUCUCCGUCGGCAGAGCUUUAGCAGCGAGCCUUCGGACGACUCGCCAAUUCACCACUUGAACAUUGAGACUUCUUUCCUGCGUCCGCAGCCAGGGGAGAAUCUCCACGAGCAACAGCCGCAGACAACAAUUAGUGCUGCUGCAGCAGUUCUGGCCAAUCGCGCUAGGAGACAACACAGGGGCCUCACCGAAGACUGGAUUCGUACCCAUACAACUGGUGUGGUCAACGCUGAACCACGGCACUGGUUUAGUGACGGAAGCGACAGCGAGCACUCUUCACUGAGCGGCUCCCAAUUAGCUUGGUUCGACGACAGCGAUCCCCGUACUCCGCGUGCUACUCAGGCACCAAAGUCCGAGUCGCGCAAAUCAUCGUCUAGCCACCUGCGACGACGCUCAAGUGUUGAAACUUUGAAACCCAAAGAGCUUCCUCAGAUAGCAGCCGGUGGAGUGGACAGCAGCAUGUCCGACGUAGAGCUACAGCAGACCUUACACGAGGUCGAUCUCGCACAGGAUGUUGCAUCACCAAUUGAGCCUCGAACAGACGUCCCUACAGUGGAUGUUUCCGAAAAGACCAUGGCCAGCAACCUUCAGAACAUGAACGGAGAGCUUGAGACCCCCAUCACACCCAUCAAGAGCAAAGAAAAACCAUUGCCGAAGGAGCCCAUGAUGACUCCACGAAUCAAGAAGAAGGUACCAUGGAAAGGCAAAAAUAUUAUGGUCCUCGUCCCCCGCGACGACCAACGCGGCCAAGCGGGAGGUGCUCCCAUGCCUCUUCGGCCCGAAGAAGUUGAGAAGAUGUUUUCAUCAUGGAGAGAGCUAGGUUACAGUGUUGAUGGGUUCGACCUUUUAGUUGAAGGAUACCAACCUCCCGGCACUGAUGACUCUCAGAGCCGGCAGGAUUGGCCCACAGAUAAUGACAUGGCCCGAGAGCGAUCAGAGAGAAGUUAUAGAGUCUUGUUACCUGACCUGAACGCAUGGAAAAAUUAUGUUGACGAGCUUCAGGAGGCCAAGCUACGCGCGUUGGGUGUUUCGUUCGCCGAGGAGGAGCCUCCGGAGCCUUCAAUCUCCCCGCCAACAACUAAUCCAUCCAGACAAGCUUCAGUGCAGUAUCCGUCACUGCCCUUUUCUCCCCCGGUCCCCACCUCGUCAGCGUCUAGCAAUCACGGGCUUCCGAGUUAUCCAUUUCCAGCGCAAUUUUUGCCAGCCUCUGCAAGCCCUGGCUUACCGUCUGGCGCAUCUCCGGUGUCCUUUGCUCCUGGAAAGUUCAACUCUCGCCAGUCAAUUUCAUUACCAGCCGGGAACUCACCCUUCCAGCUUGCUCAGUCACAGGGCUGGUCAAAUCCAGCUGGUAUUUUACAGGGUUCAAACCGCACUGACUCGCCUCUGGCCAGCCUGACUGGAAUUCUGUCUCCUCGGUCGCCAUACGGCCUCGAGGGCCUGCAGCAAACUGCAAGUCCUGGCUUUAAUCUUCACCAGCGUCACCAGUCUCUGCAAUACUUCCCUCAGCAGAUGGGAUCCAUUGCAUCCCCACGCCUACAGGACGUACGUGAGGAUGAGGAGGAGGAGGAUUUCAGCAAAAGUCCCUCCAAGACUCCAGGACCGACCAUGCACAAUGGUGACAACCUGCAAGCUGAGAUUGAGGAUGCUGAGUACCAUCUUGAAGAGCAACUCCGUAAUCAACUUGAACAUGAGGACUAUAACCCUCAGUCAGUGGUGACGAAGCCGUUUGCUCCCGUGCACAGUCGAAAUCAGUCAUCACAGGGACUAACGGUCGCUGAGCGUUUUGCUAAUGAACCUGGCAAACCUAUGGAGUUGCACCAUCCCAGACCCCACUCAAGGGGACACUCGUUAACACAGACCUUUUUUCAAGAACAAGUCGACGAGCAUGGUCUUGGCAAGCUGGGGUCCUUGAAGGAGCUUCCGGAAACACACAAGGACGAGGAUGAAGCUCAGGAGAUUGAGACGAACCCCAGUAAUUUGGGAACCCCUGUACAGGACUUUGAUUUUGCAGCUGCCUUUGGACAACACCAAAAGACGUUUUCCACUGUCAGCAACCCAUGGCAAGAUCACGAGUCUGGCGCUAGCAGCACAAGACGAUCCAGCCACGGUAGCAAGCCAUCGCUGUCGAAACUUAAUGUCCAGGCGCCCGAAUUCAAGUUCAACCCUGCAAGCACGUUUACUUCGGGGGGCAUGUACAAUUUCUCGGGUGGCUUCCAGCCGGCAACCUUCCAAGCAGGUGUUAGUAGUAACGCGAUCCCGCAGUCUCUGGAACCGACCAAGCCUGUGCCACAGUUUGGCGCAUCCAAGAUGCAUGCCAGUGCACCCUCAUUCUCACCCGGACAAGGUGUUUUCAGCUUUUCUACGAGUGGACCAAAGUUCCGACCUGACGCCCCAUCGUUUACACCUUUCCAGCCGUUGGCCAUCACCCCUGCUGGCGGACGUGGUCACACUGCUCGUCAAGACUCCAUCUUUGGUAACAUUACCAUUCCAACAGAAGACAUUGUACGCCCAGCGAAGAAGUCCAAGGCUAUACCCAUCAUCAGACCGUCUAGUAGAUCGUCUGCCCAGUCUCCUAGGGCUGAAGAGGAUGAUAAGUUUCGUGAUGGUCCUGAUGGCCGGCUAGCUGACGAAUCCAGAGUUAAGCGUGCCAAGAGUGCUGCACCGGAUGGUGACAUGUUGCCUGCGUUCGCUGAAAGACCUGAUGAAGAGGAAGAAGACAUCCAACCUGGUCACGCUGACGAGGUCAAGGAUGAUCGCAGCGUUGCCGAAGAAGGCUCUGUAGAUGGGGAGCUGACACAGCCUGGUGAUACUUCACUGUCAUCAAUAGUCACUUCCGAUCAGGUUGACACCAAAGCUACCACAGCUGCUCCAUCUGUAACAUCCCCUGCCGAGGAGACAAUCAAGAGCCUUUCUCACCCCAAUUUUAACCCAGAACUUGCCACGCGCGAAUUGCCACCAAGUGGCUUGUUCGAAAACAAGACCAAAGACAGCGAAGACCGAGAGUUCUUGUCAGCUAAUGCUGUGCCAUUUAUCCCUGUCGCAUCACCUGCUGCUCAACUUGCAAGCUCCGACAGCAGUGACAAGAAGGAAGAUUCUGCUCCAGAAGAACCUGCAGAAGAGGAGGCUACUGCUGAGUCUACGCCUCAGCCCCCCCGUGCUAAGCUUACGCCCAAGCCCAGAGGCCUUGCUGCAUCCCGAUUCGCUAAACCCCAAUCGCCUAAUCUUGUUGAGCAGCCUGAUGUUCUUCAGUCAAUUGAGACUGAGCCCGUUACGCUUUCGAUGCCGGAACCAGUAACUGUUCCUAAUGCCUUCCAGAGUAGGCCUUUGGUCGAUAUCAGUGAAGAUCGCGAGCCGACAUUCGAAGAGAUCGAUGCAGUGAUGCAGCAAAUGGAGACAGACCCCUCUAUGGGAGUCAACAAGUUGCUCGAGUCCUCAAACUGGCAGUCGCAUCCCACUAAUGCACAGAAAUGUGGUCCUACUGAAGUUCUUCGGCCAUCGAUCGAUGAAUUUUCCAGAGAGGGGACCAGUCUUACUCCUCGUCAGUUCAAUCUUAUCCCCGAUGCUACUCCCAUGUUGAGCACCGAACUGGAAGAUCCCUUUGUCGAUCCACCUAUUAGCCCUCGAUCACCCGAGUUCGCUAAUGAUCCUGAUGACCCGGAGAUUGCAAGUGAACCAGCUAGUGAUUGGGAAGGUGCUUUUACGGGAGAUGAACAUGACAAGCUGGAGAACCGCGCUCAGUUCUUUGAUGGCCGUGUCAACGAGGUUGUUGGCACCUUGUUGGCUUCUCGACUAGAGCCCCUCGAGAAGACACUUGCUUCCAUUCAAGAGGCUCUUGCCCUUCAGCACCGCCGCAAUCAGUCUACUCGCCGUGAAAUCCGCAGCAUGUCUGCUGAGAUGCAGGAGAGCGACGCGGAUGACGAAGACGAGGAGCCUGCUCAACGUUCUAUUAGCCCGCGCCGUGAUCGCAGGAUGGAACAUAUUCGGUUGGCUGUUACCGAAGCGUUCGCGGCCCAGCAACGCAUCCAGCCCAUCAUUCCCGUUGUUGAAAGAGAAGCACCCGUGAAUGAUGAUCCUGCGAUACUGAAGGCGCUUGAGGAAAUGAAGGAGCACUUGACAGCCAGCCUGAAGACUGCCUCCGUGCCAGAUGAAGAGAAGGAAGCCGAAGCACGAGGCCGAGAGCUGCUCACCCCUGGCCCUGAUGAGCAGGCCCAGAAUAAGAUCAACGAGCUUCAGGCCAUGAUGAUGGACCUUGCUGAACGACUCUCUAACGAACAAAGGAAGACGGAGAAGGAGAUAGCGGAACGCCGUGCGGCAGAAGAUGCCGGUGCUGAGUUGAACAGGAAGCUCCAGGCCGCCGAAACUCGUGUUGAGGUGGAAAUUAUCAAUCGCAGCGUUUUCGAUCAGCGGGUUGCUGAUCUUGAAGAACGCCUAAGACAUCAAGAGGACAAGACUGAAGAAGAAGUCAAGAAUCGUCGCGCGGCGGAAGAUAGACUCUCUGAAGUGCAACGUCUUCUUAGAAUAUCUUCAGAAGAGGAAGGGCGGCUUCGCGAUCUGCUUGACGAGAAGGACGCGAGAAUCAAAGGGCUCGAACAGUCUGGGGGCAAAAGUGCGAUGCGCAUGACCCUUUUGGAAGCCGCCCAGACCAACUCGACCAAGUCUCAGACUGAAAUGACGAACAAGCUCAACGUCCUCGACGCGGAUUUAAAGGCUCACCCCCACCACUGGCGAUCAGAAGCCGAGAGGGCUGAUGAGUCUGCACGACGCACUGCUGGGGAGCUUGCACAUACUCUUAAUGAGAACAAGCACUUGCAGAAAUCGCUUAACACGCUCACUGCCCAGCUUGAAGAGAAUGAGAGGCUUCGCGAAUCCUGGCGAUCCAAGUUCUUGUCCCUUCAGGAAGACAUGGGUAAGGCUGCCCGCGAGGUUGCCGAGGAAAAUGCUCGCCAUAUCAAGAGGGACCAGGCUAUGUGUGCUAGGCAAGAAGUCCUCCAGGCCAGAUUGCAGGCUGAAGCGAAGACUCGUGAGCGUCUUGAGAUAGAAAUGGAACGUCUGCAGGAGAAUGAGAGGUCUGGCAUGCGAGCCGUCAACGAAUGCAAGCGACUCGAGGGCUUGUUGGGCGAGCUACGGACCGAGAACCACAAGCUCCAACAAGCUGCCUCACGCUACCAGCGUGAAUUUGAAGAAGCACGAGAGUCUGGCGCCAGCGAAGUCAAGCGAACCCGAAUGUCCCUGCAAACCGAAAUUGAUGCGGCCAACAACCAGGUCAAUGUCAUUCGUGAAGAGUUGGAGGAACAGAACUCCAAGCUUCGAACCGAGCUUGAUAAUGUCAAACUCGAGGCUGACACUGCCAAGGCCCAGAACGAGAUGUUGCUCGAGGAGGUUCAGUCCACAAAAGCUGCGGAGCUGGAGGCGGCUGAGCGCAAGUACCAGAAUGAGAUUGAAGACAUGCAGGCGCGCUACGAACGCCGGGUCAAUAACACUACUGAGGAUGCUUCACGCACGGAGCAGCAGCUCCUUGAGCGACUCAGUCUCUCAUCAUCCAAAAUCGAGCACCUCCAGGAUCGCAUCAUGCAUCUCGAAGACAAGUUGGAGAUUGCCAAGGAAGCUGCCGCCGCCGCCGCUCAGGCAGCGAAAACAGCUGGGGCCGAAUCUGGCGCCGCAGCUGUCGUCUCUCAACCUCAACAGUCGUCGAAGUCUCUUGAACUUCCGGAGAAAAUCUCGCCUCAGGCUCUUCGAGAGUCUAUCAUGGUUCUUCAGGAGCAGCUUCAGGCCCGUGAGCAGCGGAUUGAGGAGCUUGAGCAGUCCCUCUCUAAGUCUGACCCUGACGCCGCUGCUAAAAUUUCAAAGCGCGAUGACGAAAUCAGCUGGCUCCGCGAGUUACUCGCUGUAAGACACAGCGACCUCCAAGACAUCAUUUCCGCCCUGUCUGGCGACCACUAUGACCGCGAUACCGUCAAGGACGCAGCCAUUAGACUCAGGGCUAACCUGCAGAUGGAGGAACAGGAGCGUGAGAGAGCUUUAAAUGGAGGCUCAGCCAUUAGCUUGCCCAACAUUGCUCAGAGCAUCCAAGCUGCCACACCUCGUGUUGCUCAGACCAUUGGUCCAAUUGCCGCUGCUUGGGGCAAUUGGCGCAAAUCAAGCCAGCCAAGCUUCCGCACCAUCUCUGGAGUUUUAAGCUCCCCCGUGAGCGGGAGCAAUUCUACACCUUCUAAGAGCAGGAGUGGCCCAGCUUCCCAGAGCAGUCUGCUAAGCGGACUACUGACACCGCCCGCCUCAGGUCUGCGUCAAGCACCAACGUCGGAUAACAGACCGCAACCCACGGCCUUCUCUAGCACGGGUCGUCGCUACACCUCGCAGGGAAGUAGCUCCAUGGACCGUGACCGAAGAGAAUCCAGCAGCUCUCGGAGGUCCGAGAAGAUGCCGGCUGCUCCCAAUACACCGCCACGUCAUCAGGAGCGUGUUGAACAACCCAGAACGCCGCCUAUGGUGCGCCAGAGUGGAUACGAUUCCGAUGCUCAACCUGGCGACUUUGACGAUCAUGAUUUCUUCGAAGAGGACUGA